GAAAUGCCAAAGACAGGGGGUAAAGUACCCACCCGAUCAUAUGGGCAAAUUAUUGAGUUGGAGUUGAUAGAAGAUCUGAAGAAAGUGCACAAACCUAAGAAGCAGUUUGCUUAUCAGAUAGAUGUCACGUGGACUGAUAGUUCCACUCGUAGAGUUUACAGGUCCUAUGAUCAGUUGUACGAGCUUUACUGUUCGUUAACUGCUAUCACUAAAGACGGUGGCAUGGUUAAACUUCCUGAGCGAGCACAAGUUAAGUGGAAAGUGUUUCCUGGGGAGUUCGCCAGGGGAGGAAAACAUGAACUUGGUCGCCAAAUAUUCGAGCGCUCAACUACAGAAAGCUUUGCUCUGAAGCACCUUCCUCAUAUAAAGCACUUUGUUGAUUCGCUUCUCAGUAUUCCCACUUUCAUGCAGCAGAGUGAUCCGUUCCUUUGGUUUUGGGAGCCAAGUGUGGAUGAUUUGAAGAUAUUUGACAUUGAUAGGACGAUAGAAAAUAACCCUAAAUACCCGCAACCCUCCGCUACUGUGCUGAAAGGAGGAACUGUGAUCGUUAAUGAAGAUGAGCAGGAUUACAUUUGUGUGUGUACUGCACUUAAUCUGUUCUCAGGCACUAUGCCACCUGAACAUCAAGAUGAGAAGGGGCUGUCUGUUAAAGAAGGGGAUGUGAUAUAUGUCCUGAGAAUGUCAAACUGUCCGUCUGGAUUCUGGCAGGUGAGGAACGUGUUUGGAAGUGAGGGUCUAGUGCCAAUAACCUCACUCCGAGUGGAUCAGGACAUUUUGCAGCGCAAAAAGAGGCGCUCUCAACGAGUCCAGCAACAGAAGCGUCUAGAUAUGAUCAAAUCUGCAGAAAACCUAGCUGACAGAUCUAUGAGACUACAGCAGCAAAAACGACUGGAGAUGAUCAAAUCAGCGGAGAAUCUAGCAGAUAGGCGAAAGUCUAACAGACACUCCUCUGCGGCGCCCUUCUCCCCUCCAAUAUCACGAACUCUCCGUGAUUUGAACAACAGUAUAAUGAACUACGUGGAGCCGGCUCAACCCCAGUAUAGUAGACGGAGGUCAAAUAGAGUGCAAGCAUUCAACGAUACCAGCAUCAGGAGUGACACUCAGGCGACACACGAGCUGAUCAGGUCACUACAUGAAACUAGUCUCAUGCUACAAGACCGAAUGGCAAUGUCCGAGAUAGACAUGUCCAGAAAACGCCUGUUUGACGACUUCAGCAUCUCCUCCAGAAGCUCUGUUCGUAAUGACACGUACAGCACGGAGACUAAACCACGGUACUCACAAAAGUUCGAGCCGCGAUCCCGGGCCUCUUACAUAGUUAGAUCUCCUACCAAACGAGGUCCACGAGUUAGUGCAAGGUUCAAGAGGAUGUCUCCCUCCCCGAGCAAGCUUAUAUCACCUUGUAGGAAAGGUAUUAAGGGUCUCCGAGUUGCAGCUCCCUCGCCCUUAGCUGCGGGGGCCUCCCCAAGUCAGAACGUUACUUUCGAAAAGUCCCCUGGCACAGGGUUAAAACGGGCAGCUGAUAUCGAGCCAGAGAGCCCCUCCAAGAAAUCCUGCCUGGACGACAAUGACAGUGGCAACGGUACGGCUACCAAAGUAGAGGAGGAAGAACCAAAGGUUAGACCCAGAAGAAGGAGUGACAUUGCCCGGAGAGUUAGUCUGAGAUUGAAGCAGGUUUAUGGUUUAUCACCAGUCAGAAAACGAGUACCCAGGAGGCAGGUGACAACCUCUGCUAACCGGGCCACCUCCGGCUAGGGGGACACUCCUCCUUCUUCAACCAGGAGGAGACAAACAUGCAGCCACGUUAUCAACUUUGUGUUUUGAGAAGUUUAAAGGACUCUGGACUUCAUGCAUGGAAAAUACUAAUUUAUGAAUGUGUCCGCGUUUUUCUGUAAUCAGUGUAGCAUUUAUAUUUAUCCAGCUUGAUUUUGCCAAUGUAUGGACCGAUUGAAUUUAAGGGCAUAAUGGAAGACCCUGCCAUGCCAUCUAGAAAUUAUAUUAAAUGUUCACUACAGAACAACAGUAGUUGUCUUCCUGUCUUUGAUGGUGAAAAUGGUUAUCAAUUUUGGAGAACUAUAUUCGUUAGAGACUAACAAAAUAAAUAUUCAAAUUAACUCCAAUUUAUGUUAAAUUUUACCCUUUUAAAUUUUAUACAAUGAUUUAAUCGUUUAACCUUUACAAAUGAUAUGUUGUUAUUUAAGUUUAUUUUGUAGAUGGUUGCCGAUCUAACUUUUGCCAAAAAUCUCCUGACAAUUGACAAAUUUUUAUUAACCGUGGUUUCUGCACAAUCUGACUCUGACAUUCAAUUUAAGCUAAUCAUUGUCCAGGUAACGAAUUAAUUUACAAAUUAAACAUGGGUGGCGCUUGUAUUUCUCGCAAACAUUACUUAAAACAACCCAAGACUGACUUAUGAUCAAAAGUUAAAAACAUAUCCAGUCACCACGGUUAAUCCUAGCUUCUUUUUUUCAGGUUGUUAAAGCUUUUAUAUUUGACGUUUCAAUUAAAACCCUUGUUUGUUAUUAAAAGGAAAAGUUGUAAGAUAUGAAUAAAUUAGCAGGUUCAUUAGUUUUAGCUGUGA